AAGGGACUAUUAAGUCAUCAACCCGAUGAUGCAUCACUGCAUGGUGACACAAAACAGGCAAAUGCCGCGUUUUGCCCUUUUAACUUCCUGCUUGUCCGCGAAAAAAAUGCGUGAAUCUAUUUCGGGAGCACGCACACGCAUACUUUGUCACAUGUGCAGUGCACUAGGCGCCUUCAGAUUAUUCAGCACGAUCAAAGAAUGGCGUGUAGCAAGCCGGCUGAUUCGCCUGAGAGCGCGAUGAGCACCAAGGCUGCUGACAGGUGCACGUGGCUCCUGCCGGCAGGAGACAGGUCGGUGUGCGUCAGACCGCCCAUGGAGCGGCGAGGCACGCCUCUGGUCCGCAAAAGAGGCGGCGCUUUGCUGCCCGACAGCGUCUGCGGCCACCGCACCUUGGGCGCCUUCCAAAGGUGGCCGGACAGGGCGCGGACGGGACCGGACGCAUGCGUCGAAGCCGCUUGGACGGCAUCAUUUGGGCCUGAAUUUAAUACGUACACUGAUUGUCGGGGGCGAGGAGGGGGAACGCUCUGCUCGCUGGCCGCUACCGCUGCCGCCGCCGGAGAGGAGGUGGUAGAAUCAUAUGCUGAAACCACAACACAGAAAUGAACAGCUAGGGAGCCAGCAGGCCUUUCAUUCGCCGUCCAGAGUGCCAAGUGCGAGCACACCACGCGCGACUUCUCUCCCGAAUCUCGGCCUGGUGCGAUCUCUCACGGUCGUUGAUGCUGAUCAGCACCAAUUCUAUGCAUUUACCGGCUUCGCGGGCCUCAAACGUCACCCUGUCCGAGGAGGCACCCGUGCUCAGCACCCUGCAGGACACGACCAACAAGAUGUCCUCGUCGGACACGGCCGUGCAGAACUCGGCGGGGACGAGUAGCACGGCCUCCGGCGGAGGCAACGGUGGUGGAGGCGGCAACAACAGCGGAGGCGAGUUCUGGUGGACGGAGCGGAUGCUGUGCGAGGUGCAGUCCGAGCACCCUGGCGAGCUCAUCCGCACCGGCAGCCCCUACUUCCUCUGCUCGGCCCUGCCGCCGCACUGGCGCUCCAACAAGACCCUGCCGGUCGCCUUCAAGGUGGUCGCCCUGGGCGAGGUCAUGGACGGGACGGUGGUCACCGUGCGCGCCGGCAACGACGAGAACUACUGCGCUGAGCUGCGCAACUGCUCGGCCAUCAUGAAGAACCAGGUGGCCAAAUUCAACGACCUCCGCUUCGUCGGCCGCAGCGGCAGAGGAAAGAGUUUUUCGCUGACAAUCACGAUCAACACGUCUCCACCACAGAUCGCGACGUACAGCAAAGCCAUCAAAGUCACCGUGGACGGACCCCGCGAACCGCGCAGUAAGACUCUUCCUGAUUUUUUCUCAGGUCAACAGCAGCAGUUCCGUGCAAUCGCCCUCGGGCAGCGGCCGUACCUUGACUCGCACCCCUUCGGCAACCACCACCUUCGCGACAUUGAAAACUUCAGGCGGAAGUCGGCGGACAACUCGUCGUCGUCUUCGUCCCUUGGCAACGCCAACUCGGCGUCGGGGACGCCAAUGGCCACUUUCAAGACUCCUCACACGCCACCUUCGACAGAUCCGAUUGCUGUGAGCGUUGCAUCCACAGACAUGGACCUACCACCUACUGAGAGUUCGUGGAACGGCUUCUGUUCCAGCACCUACCCCUCGUACCAUUUGACCUCUUCCCCUCUGCAGUCUUCGGGCUACACACCUUUUGCAACAGACAUUUCCACAUUAGCUGAAACAAAUCCAACCCCUAUUUCACACCACCUAACUUCAGGUUUGUCGGACCACUCGGCGAUGUCCGGCGAUUACACGUACAGCGAGGUGCGGCCGAAGGGCGAAAUGGAUGUGCUGGGCAGCCGGCAGGGCGCCGACUCGUACUCGCCGCUGCUGAUGCGCUACUCGAGCGACCAGACGAGCACGCCGACAGGGUAUCUGCACACGGGCACGUCACCAACGUCGUCGCCGACGCCACUGUCGCUGAUGCCGUCGACGCCGUCUAACAGCUCGUACAUCAUCAUGCACAACAACUACUCGUCCAACUCGUCGUUCUACGGCAGCGCCCCGUGCCCCGGGGGCGGCUCGAGUCCAGCCACCUCGUCCACCUAUCUGCCGCCCCCGAUCCUCUAUCCGCACCUGUACAAUCAAAACCACCAAAUCCACCUGCACCUGCCGCACGACGCCGUCGAGCACAAGCCCGACGUGCAGUACGUGGCGGCGACGGCGCCGCAGGACGAGCUGGCUGUCGUGACCAGCACCAGCAACGUCACCAUCUCGGGCUCCAGGACCAUCGAGCAGGGACCGUUGAUAGCCGACACGCAGCCAGAAGACUCGCGCUACACGAACGAUCGGCACGCGGACCCGUCUGUGUGGAGACCCUACUAGAGUAAUCGUCGUUUCGGAAGCAGGAUUGUUAUCGUGAUCUCUCUGUUCUACUCAAAAAGUGACACUGAUUGUUUCCUAGAACUCGCCUAGAGCGAUUGAAGAAGCGCGUGGAAUGUGUCGUUAAUCGAUGUUAUCAUUCAUUUUCACAGACGAACGAGUUUUUUGUCAGGGAUUUUGAGCCUUGCUUUAUUCUGCUUAAAUUGCUUUUAAUCUCAGCUGUUUUACUCUGCGUUCGAUUGUUAACAGUUUUACUCUCUAUCAAAGCCAAAUAUCUAGUUAUUUUGUAAGGAAUGUCAGGUGCUGUAAAUUUUUAUUAUCUUUGUUAAGAUUUGUGUUUAGGGGAUUGCAUUGAUUCAACCUCUUCGUUUUUAUACAGCAAUUACAUUUUUGUAAUGUGCAAUAAUUGUAAAUUGAAAAAUAAACGCGAAAUAUGACAAUU